UUGAAGAAUUUAAAAGAAAUUCAUGUUUAAUCGUAAAUUCAAUUCAAGUUGCCUUAAAUGGACCUACCCUGCCUUAAAGCUUACCAGCUUUGAAACUUUCCCAGCAGAUCAGAGAAUUUAUUCCUUCUUUCUGCCAUCCAUGAAAAAUGACACCCUCUUUAAAAUUUUCAUGUGCCAUGCUUUGCAGAGAGGACUAUCCGCUCCGUGUUUCUCUCAUUCAGACUGUCUUCGAACUGAGAUCUGUAAGUGGAACCCUUCUGCUGUUGAAUUGGCGGGAACCUGUGUUGCUACACUCCUCCAGAAAGAAAACACAAAUCGAAGACAUACGAUUCUUGGUCGAACGCGACGAAAAUUGUUAUCAGACGAAGUCUUCGACAACAAAAAGACAUCUCGUGAAACACGUGAUUUGAAUUCAGAUGAGUAUGAUGAACAUCAGCACGGAGACGAUCGAAACGACGAGCUGCAGGUGUCACAUCGUAUUCCCCAGGCCUCAUACCCACUUCCACAUAAGACCCCUAUUCAGAAUAACCACCACCACGACGAGGGUGUCGAUCGCACGGAUGACAUCGUGAUCGAUCAUUUUGACGAGAAAGGACUCCCCGUCGUGGUCAUAACAGAAGACAACCGUGAUAAGCACGCCGAAAUCGACACCAGUAAAGACUAUUACGUUUUCGGUGAAGAAGAUGACAAGAACAACCCUGACAGUGAGACGAAAACUGAAAGCAUCGUCUACGAUUACGUAGACGGUUCGGAGGUUGACGAUGGUGGUGGCAGCGAUGAAGAGAGAAAAGAAGUGGUGGUAGACUUGAAAGGUAGACAGAUUAACCCAGGAAUAAAAUCCAUUUUCAAGAACCCGUGGGGGUUUCAACCGCUCAAAGCAAAACCCGCAGAGGACAUGAUGGAUGGUGGUGACGAUGAGUACCUUAAUGACGAUGCACAAGUGUAUGGAGUCGGAGAUCAUAAGCACGUGGGAACAAGAUUUAAACAUACUGAUCUGACCGGUACGAAAAUCGAGACGGAUGUCGGAGUCGACCAAUUUCGAGAACGUCAACAACCACAUAGUUUGGUAUCAGCUGACCACUCCAAGAUUGCAUUGCCUGGACUUCUUACCAAAGAUUUAGAAGCACAUAACUAUUAAAGAUAUAGAGGAUGCAGCAGAGAAUGUGGGAAAGAGCUACAUAAUGUAGUAGUAUUACAGUUCCUGUUAUAUUCGAGAGAGAAACGAGAAGAGUCGCCAACCAUGUUCAUUUAAUAUCUAGUACAAUGCUCUCUUUUCCUGAGGGGCAUCUAUAAGAACCCUUUCAGCAGAAUUGAUAGAUGAUAAAGAUGGAUAGAAAAGUUAAAUUGACUUGAAAAGGAGGACGUUGAACAGAAAACCGUGAAAUUCUUUUUCUGAAUCCAACUGAAUUUUAGUGAGAGCAAUCCAAUUCCGAUACACCCUCUGCAAAGUCAUAAUUUGCAGGUCAAGACAUUAUUGUCAUACUCCGUACCUUCCCCUCCUUGUCUUCCCUGCCUUCUCCUUUUCCUCUCUCUCUCUUCACCUUCCUCUCCCAUUCUCAAGCUAUUAGUGGUGUACAGUGAGACAAUCGUUACAAAUCAAAUCACAUCAUUUUCCUUUUUGUUAUAAGAGACAUAAUUUAUGAAUUGAUAUCUUGACUGUAAAUAUCCACAAUUUAUAUUUCAACGAAGCUACAAAAUCUUGAAAUAAACAGCAGGUCAAGUCAAUUACAGUUAUACAAUAAAAAUUUUAGGUGAAAGACAUAAUAUGAUAUAAACAAUUUAUGAUAUCUGUUAAUUGAAUGCUUUUUCAGUUGUGUAAUUUUUUUUACUGAUUUGAACAAAUAUAUCAAAUGAACCUAACUUGGUCUGUGCAUGAAACUAAAUUUGAAU